UGCUGUUGGAAAUACGUUUAUCUUCAUACACAUCCAGGAUAUACUGUCAUCAGGACACCUGGAGAACAUGCAGUUGCCAAAGUCUCGGGCUUUCGCUGUUAGCCUGACGCUUCUCUCCGUCCUCAGCUCGGCAAUGUGCGGCAGUCAGUACAGCUGCGAUGGAUCUCUGUCAUCUCUUCUUCCUGCAUCCUCCUUUCAGAGCUCUUCGCAUUUCUCAGACAGUCGAGCUGCUUUCUUUGCCAAGCUAAACAAAAGAGAUGGAGGAGGUGGCUGGAGCCCAGAGUGGAUGGAUAGGUCUCCUUGGCUGCAGGUCGACCUCCAGGACCGAAUGGAGGUGACAGCAGUGGCCACACAAGGACGUCACAGUAGCACAGACUGGGUCAGUGCCUACAUGCUCCUGUACAGUGACACUGGACGCGUCUGGAAGCAGUACAUGUUAGAGGACAAUGUUGGGAGGAUUGUGGGUAACGUGAAUACAGAGAGUGUGGUCCACCAUAAACUGAGCCACUCAAUCAGGACCCGCUUCCUCCGCUUUGUUCCUCUGGAGUGGAGCCCCAGUGGCCGCGUGGGCCUCAGAGUGGCAGUGUAUGGCUGUGCUUACCGAUCGUAUGUGGCUGAUUUUGAUGGCAGAAGCUCUUUGCUUUACCGAUUCAACCAGAAGUCUAUGAGCACAGUGAAAGAUGUUAUAUCGCUGCGAUUUAAGAGUCGACAGGCAGAAGGUGUUUUACUGCAUGGAGAAGGCCAGCGAGGAGAUUAUAUCACUCUGGAGCUUCAUCGUGGCAGGCUGGCCUUGCAUCUAAACCUGGAUGACAGCAGGGUGAGAUCCAGCAGUGCCCGUAUGGUGGUCACCCUGGGCAGUCUUCUGGAUGAUCUGCACUGGCACUCCGUCCUGAUCGAACGAUUUAAUAAGCAGGUCAAUUUCACUUUGGACAGACACACUCAGCACUUCAGGACCAAGGGGGACGGAGACUCUCUAGAGGUCGACUAUGAGCUAAGCUUCGGUGGGAUCCCAUUGCCUGGUAAACCUGGGACUUUCAUUCGACGCAAUUUUCAUGGCUGCAUGGAGAACCUGUACUACAAUGGAGUGAACAUCAUCGACCUGGCAAAACGGCGAAAGCCUCAGAUAUACAGUGUGGGCAACGUGACCUUUUCCUGCUCCGAACCACAGCUGGUGGCCACCACGUUUCAGAGCUCCAGCAGCAGCUUUCUGUCUCUGCCAGCACCUGCACCGGUCCUGGAGGGCCUUUCGGUUCGACUGCAGUUUCGCACCUGGAACCCUGAUGGUCUGCUGCUCUCCAGUCCACUGAUCUCUGCUCAGGACCCUUGUUACCUGAUUUUGCAGAUCAGUAGUGGCCGUCUCCAUCUAACACACCAGACAUCAGCACUGAAGAUGUCAGAAGUGUCCGCUGGCCAGAGGGUGAAUGAUGGUUUGUGGCAUUCAGUGAGUCUCAGUGCUCGAGGACUGCAGAUGACCAUGACUCUGGACAGUGAGCCCGCAUCCACCAUCCAGCUCAAGAACUAUCUGGAAGCCAAAGACAAACACUAUUUUGGAGGAUGCCCUGUAUCUCAGAAUGACUCCAGCUGCUUGAACCCCACAAUGGCUUUUCAAGGCUGUGUUCGGCUCAUCCUCAUCAACAACCAACCUGUAGAUCUUCUGUCGGUUCAGCAAGGCCAUCUAGGAAGCUACAGUCAGCUCCAGUUUGACUUAUGCGGUAUCCGUGACAGAUGUCUGUAUAAUUUCUGUGAACAUGGCAGCCGCUGUUCCCAGACGUGGUCCUCUUUCUCGUGCGAUUGCUCUGGUACAGGAUACAGUGGAGCUACAUGCCAUAACUCUAUCUAUGAAGCUUCAUGUGAACAUUACAGGCUUGCAGGAAGCUCUUCUGGAUAUUUUUCUAUAGAUCCUGAUGGAAGUGGUCCUCUGGAUCCUAUUCAGGUCUACUGCAAUAUUACAGGAAACAAAGUGUGGACGGUGGUUCGACACAACAACUCCAAUGCAGUGCGAGUGCGAGGCUCUUCCUUGCAGAAGCCGCACGUGGGAUGGUUCAAUUACAGCAGCUCAUCUGAUCAGCUGAAGGCUCUGCUGUCUCUGUCAGAGCACUGUGAGCAGAGGAUCUCCUACCACUGCAGAAAAUCACGGCUCUUCAACCCAUGGGAUGGUACCCCUUUGUCGUGGUGGGUGGACCGCAGGGGAGAGAAGAGGACCUACUGGGGUGGAUUUCAGCCUGGUGUUCAGCAGUGCUCCUGCGGCCUGGAAGAGAACUGUGCCGACAUGAACUACUUUUGCAAUUGUGAUGCAGACAGAGUGUCAUGGGAGAAUGACACUGGUGUCCUCUCAUAUAAGGAGCACUUGCCCGUGCGGGAGAUUGUGAUCGGUGACACUUACAGACUGGGCUCUGAAGCUAUGUAUGUCGUGGGGCCUCUGCAGUGCUCUGGGGACAAGUCCCUGUGGAACGCUGUGUCUUUUUAUCAAGCGGCUUCGUAUCUGCAGUUCGCGUCUCUGCAGGCAGAGCUUUCUCUCGAUGUCUCCUUCUUCUUCAAGACCGCCUCCCCCUCUGGUGUCUUCCUUGAAAACAUGGGCCUUCACGACUUCAUCAAGGUUGAGCUGAGCUCUCCCUCAGCGGUGACUUUCUCCUUCAAUGUGGGCGAUGGGCCAGUAGUCCUGACAGUCAAAUCUCCUGUGCCACUGAACGACAGGCAGUGGCAUUGGGUUCGAGCCGAGCGCAAUGUGAAAGAGGCUUGCCUGCAGGUCGACCAGCUGCCCCUGCGGAUCAUCGAAACACCACCUGAUGGACACCUUCGCCUUCAGCUUGGAAACCAGCUGUUUGUUGGGGGCACCGCUACAAGACAAAGAGGCUUUCUCGGAUGUAUUCGGGCAUUUAACAUGAAUGGAGUGAAUUUUGACUUGGAAGAAAGGGCUAAAGUGACACCGGGAGUGAGUUCAGGAUGUGCAGGUCACUGCAGCAGCUCAGCCGGGCUCUGCCACAACAGGGGGAAAUGCGUUGAGAAGAGCAGCGGUUACAUGUGUGACUGCACUAACUCUGCUUACGGAGGACCCUCUUGCACAGAAGAGGUGUCCAUGUCCUUUGAAAGAGGAGCAUCGGUCACCUACAUUUUUCAGGAGCCGUUCUCUGUGAUCCAGAACCGGUCAGUCGCAGUUCUGUCAGUCCCUUCACAAUACAGCAAAUCCAGAGACAACAUGGCACUGAGUUUCCAGACCACUCAGAGUCCCGCCAUGCUCCUCACAGUCAACACUCUCAGCCAGCAGUACGUGGCCGUCAUCCUCGCACGAAAUGGGAGUUUGCAGAUCUGGUACCAGCUGCAUAAGGAGAAGGGGCCGGAUGUGUUCAGUCCCAUCCUGAGCAGCCUGGCAGACGGACGACUACAUAGAGUUCACAUCCAGCGGGAGGGAAAAGACGUGUUUGUUCAGGUUGACCGUGAAAAUAAGAAGUACACUCUUUCAUUUGAUGCCACGUUUAACUCUAUGAAGUCACUGAUCUUGGGAAAAGUCACAGGAAGUGAUUUAAUGGAUGAUGAAGUAGCUCAUGCUGGAUCCAAAGGAUUUGUCGGCUGCUUCUCUUCUGUCCAGUACAAUCAUGUGGCUCCACUGAAGGCAGCGUUAUUGAACCGGGGAAGUUCUCUGGUCAGCAUACGAGGACAUUUACUGGAGUCAAACUGCGGUGCUUUGGCUGACCUUUCAACUUCUGUGUCCCGUUUAGAUCAUGGCGAGGAGGUGGGAAAAGAUAACAAGCAUCAUGAAGACGCCAGUCAGCCUGAUUCCGCUGUAAUCGGAGGUGUGGUGACGGCAGCAGUGUUCAGUACCAUCUGCGUGUUGGCAGUGAUGCUCCGCUUCCUUUACCAACAUCGACAAGCUCAAAGAACUGCCUCACUGCAAGAAAAGGAGCACCAGCGUAGCCUUGAAGCUGCUUACAGGGCAGAGUUUCACCUUCACAAGUCCAUGAGAGACAGCAUGCAGGAGUACUACAUCUGAUGGACAGUCCUGCCCUGUAGCUUUCAGUUCAGCUCUCCUUCAGCAAACAUGUCGUGUCCAGUACGGAUGCUUAGUUGGAAAUUUCCUCACUUUGGGAACAGCGGAAACGUCUGAUCUGUGUAAGUAGUAGCUUGUAGUUUUCACAGUGCUUGCCCCAAGUGUUGGAUUAAUCAACUUUAGGUCAUUAAUGGGAUGUGAGUGGUGUGUUAGGAGGUGUUGGUAUUAACUCAGUAAAUUGCCCUCUGGAUAGAAGCCGGAUUGGAGAGUGACGCUGUCAUCUGUAGUGCAUGAAUGCGAUUCUCAAGUGUUAAUCUUACUGUUAACAAGACGAAACAAACACAUAUUGUAAGCCUGUGACUUUUUUUAGGUUGCCAGAAACAUCUUGGAAGUGGCAACAUUGUGAGAGGAAGGUGGCACACUUUUCUGAAUAGUAUAAUACUUCAGGCUGAGGAUAGUAGCUUGUCCAAGCCUGGCUUAUAGUUUUAUUCUGCCUCAUAGCAUUGUUAGGAAUGAAAUGUGUCCAUGCCUAAAAAAAGAAAUUGCAGGACAAACUGCCCAUAGCUAAAUAAUUUUGUUUGACAAAUAAUCUGCUAACAGAGACCAAAUUUGUUCAGUAAUGUGACUUAAUUCAGAAAUCGAAACAAUGUGCAGAAAUAUUGUAGAGUUAAAUGUGUUAUAAUGUGAAAUAUCUGCUAAUAAUGAUAACAGAUGAAUCCUACUGUAAGGGGUCAAUAAGAUUUUAAAUUGUAAUUGAAUGCUUUUACUCUACAAGGAUACUUAUAUUUGAUUAAAAGCGACAGCUAUAAGGGUAGAAAAAAAUGGUAGCAUUUUUUAAAGUGCUGUUUCAGAUACUUAUCAUAAUAAUUGAAUAAACUGGGUAAUAACUACAGUAGGUAUGUACUAUCCUGAAACCUACAUCUGUAUCUAAACUAAACCUUAACCAAUUUAGUUACUUUAUUUUCUUACUUCACAUUAAAUACAGUACUGUAAAACAUGCAACCAGAUUUGUAGUUCAAGUAAAUUACGUUCUCGUGAAUGUUCUACUCAUAAUAACAUUUAAGUGUUUCUUGAGCAACCAAUCAGCAUAUUAGAAAAAAUUCUGUAGAAUCAAGUGACACUAAAGGCUGGAGUAAUGUCAGAUUUUACAUCACAGGACUAAAUUACAGUUUAAAAGAUGUUAAUACAUAUAUCUACAUUCAUAUUCAGAACAUUUCUCUUUUUUAUGAAAUAACACCCUGGACCACAAAACCAGUCGAACCAAACGUUGCAUGGGCAUAUUUUGGCAAUAGUCAACAAUACAUUGUAUGGGUUAAAUGAUAGCGUUUUACUUUUAAGCCAAAAAUCAUUAGAAUAUUAAGUAAAGAUUAUGAUCCAUGAUGACAUUUUGUACAUUUUCUACUGCAGAUAUAUCAUAACACUUUUUUUAUUAGUAAUGUGCAUUGCUAAGCAAUUCGAUUAGGCAACUUUAAAGGCAAUUUUCUCAGUAUUCAGAAUUUUCAAAUAGUUGCAUCCCAGCCAAAUAUUUUCCAAUACAAUUCAUCAACCAUACAUCAAUUGAAAGCUUAUAUAUUCAGUUUUCCGAUUAUGUAUGAUUUUUAAUGACGGUCCAAGGUCACAUUUUGAUCAGAUUAAUGUAGCCUUGGGAAAAAUAAGAGACUUCUUUAUGAAACACACACAAACACAGACACAAACAAUAAAAAUCUUAUUGACCCCAAACUGUUGAACGUAAUGUGAAUCUGGAUUGACUGAGUUCUUCGAGUUAACUGGACACAUUCCUCUGUUGUUGUUGUGAAGUGAUGAUGAAAGUUUCCUGGUAAUUAACUUCAUCACACACAAUGACAUUACACAACUUGUCGAAGGUCACACUAAUAAUAGAGCUCACCAUCAAGUCCCAUAGAGUUCAAAUCAUUUACACCUAUUUUUAACAUUAUUCAUUCAUGACAGGAUUAAUAAAACAAUAAUACCAAGCAAAGCCUGAUAUUAUUAUCUGUUUCUGGAGGUCCAGCAUCAAAAAUACAGUGACAGCCAAAUAGUAAAGCUUGAUUGAAAUUACAUUGAACAGUUCUCUAGAAAUCAGAGACCAUUCUUUUGAAAUCUGACCAUGGGUCGUCAGAAGAGAUCAGAUCACCAGGCAGAUGAUAAUAUCAGGUGUCUUGUUCAUUCCUGUCUGAAACAGUAAAUAUCACUGAACCUCCAGCAUCAGUUCACAUGAGUCUAAAUGACACGAAUAACACCAGAUGUCCUUCAGUGAUCUGGAUAACUGAAUCAUCACAGACAAUUCAGAAUAGGUCGUAACUGUAGCGGUUAGAUCUGUAAUAUUUGUUUGUAAUACAAAAAUCAGUAUUGAAUAGAAAUGAUUUAAUCACACUUAUAGAUUCUAACUGGUUGUUAAAAAUCAACCACUUCCUUGAAAAAGUCUAUGAAAUGAACAAACAGGUGUUAACUGUUGUUUACUCCAGUACCAAGAUAAUCUUCAUACAGUAAGUGGCAUCAUAUUGUUUUUUUAUUUAUAUAUUAUUUCUCGUUUAUUAUUAUUUAUCCAGUUGAUACUUUGUUCCCGGUUAACACAAAGAUAAGUGUAUUAUGUAGGACUGGACUGACAGAUCUUUCUCUUUCUCUUUGGAAACUGAAGUGUCCUUUGAUAUAUUUCUCUCUCAAACUAUUUUGUACCUCUAUUGAUAUCAAUUAUUUUAGGGGCUGUUUUGUAUGAAUGUAAAUGUACAGCUAUAUU